AUGCUUGGGCCUCCAGUUAACCUUCCGAAGUGGCUUGAAGAAAACUCCCAUCUGCUACAGCCCCCUAUCAACAACUACUGUGUCUACAAUGAAGACUUUAGUGUCAUGAUCGUUGGUGGUCCAAAUGCCCGCACUGACUACCACAUCAAUCAAACUCCCGAGUGGUUCUACCAAUACAAAGGAGCAAUGAUGCUCAAAGUCGUCGACGAGGGGGCGUUCCGAGAUAUCAUCAUCCGUGAAGGUGAUAUGUUUCUCCUACCUGGAAACACACCGCACAACCCCGUCCGCUUCGCCAACACAGUUGGAGUUGUCCUAGAGCAGCGUCGUCCUAAGGACUCACUCGAUCGUAUGCGUUGGUACUGCAGUGACUGUGGUGAGAUUGUUCACGAGGCUGCGUUCCAUUGCACCGACCUUGGCACUCAAAUCAAAGCAGCGGUUCAAGACUUUAAGAGCAGCGAAGACAAGAGGACUUGUUCCAAGUGUGGUACUCUGGCUGAGGCGGCACCGAAGCCCGGCACUAUUCAGGAUCCUAAUCUGGCGUGA